AUGGAAAUAGCAUGUCAAGCCAGCAAGCUCAGGGUCCCAUCUGGUGCAGCAUGGAAGGUGGAACUUACAAAAUGUGGGGGCAAAAUAUGGUUUGAAAACGGUUGGCUAGAAUUUUCAAACCAUUACUCUUUGGAAUUGGGGCAUCUUUUGGUUUUUAGAUAUGAUGGGAAUAGCAAUUUCCAUGUAAUCAUCUUUGAUAGGACUGCUUCAGAGAUACAAUAUCCCUACACCAGCAAUAAUCAAAAGCAAUCUAAUGAAAUUCCGAAGCAGAAUAUCAACGAAUCCAAAACCGAGUGCAAUGGGAAGUCUGGAUUUCUUGCUCAACAAGUUAGUCAUAAUGGAUGUCCAGCUGUAAAAGGUGAUAAAAGAACAAAUCAUCCUGUAAUCCAACGAAUGAAGGGUCGUGAAAAGGUUAAGGCUCUUGAGAAAGCUAUUAAUACUUUUAAAUCCAAGAACCCAUUUUUUCCUGGUUCUCGGUCUAAGGGCUAG